GUACUAAUGAAACUCGUCUAGGUACUACUGAAACUCAUCCAGGUACUAAUGAAACACAGCCAGGUACUAAAGAAACUCAUCCAGGUACUAAUGAAACUCAUCCAGGUACUACUGAAACACAGCCAGAUACUAAUGCAGCACAGCCAGGUACUAAUGAAACACAGCCAGGUACUAAAGAAACACAUCUACGUACUAUAGAAACUCAUCCAGGUACCAAUGAAACACAUCCAGGUACUAAUGAAACACAGCCAGGUACUAAAGAAACUCAUCCAGGUACUACUGAAACUCAUCUAGGUACUAAUGAAACACAGCCAGAUACUAAUGAAACACAUACAGGUACUAAUGAAACUCAUCUAGUUACUAAUGAAACACAGCCAGGUACUAAUGAAACACAGCCAGGUAUAAAAGAAACUCAUCCAGGUAAUAAUGAAACACAUCCAGGUACUAAUGAAACACAUCUAGGUACUAAUGAAACACAUCCAGGUACUAAUGAAACACAUCCAGGUACUAAUGAAACACAUCCAGGUACAAAUGAAACACAUCCAGGUACUAAUGAAACUAAUCUAGGUACUAAUGAAACACAUCCAGGUACUAAUGAAACACAUCUAGGUACUAAUGAAACUAAUCUAGGUACUAAUGAAACUAAUCUAGGUACUAAUGAGACACAUCUAGGUACUAAUGAAACACAUCCAGGUACUAAUGAAACACAUCCAG